AUGCAUAACGCCGUUGCCGAGAACGUAUUGGGAACAAUAGGUACCAUUCUUUGGUGCGUACAACUAGUUCCUCAAAUCAUUAGAAACUUUAGAGCCAAGAAUUGCCAAGGAUUGCCUGCGUUGAUGAUGUUUUUAUGGGCUGCAAGCGGUGUACCAUUUAGUAUUUACUUUGUUGCUAUCGAUGGGUCCAUUCCUCUUCGGAUCCAACCACAAUUGUUCACAUUCUUUUGCUUUGUUUCAUGGAUCCAAGUCUUGUAUUACCCUCCUGUUCAAAUGCCAAGAAAGAAGCUCGUAUUGCUUGCCGCUGCCUUUCUUCUUGUGAGUGUGGGUUUGGAAGUUGGGUUUAUUUUGUGGUUGAGACCAUUACACAGAAGAGGAAUCACUUGGCCCACAUUGAUUAUCGGAAUAAUUGCAACCGUCUUAAUAGCUAUCGGAUUGAUUCCUCCAUACUUUGAAUUGGCAAAGAGGAAGGGAAGGGUUAUUGGAAUCAAUUUUGUUUUCCUCACCAUGGAUUCCUUGGGUGCAAUUUUUUCUAUGCUCAGUAUUAUUGUUGGCAAAUUCGACGUUUUGAGUUGUGUAUUAUAUGCCGUUGUUAUCGCUCUUGAGCUUGGAAUAUUUUCGAGCCAUGUUAUUUGGUGGUUGAGAUUUGGUAAAGAUGCACCAUCGGAAUCGGAGCUCGUAAGGAUGGAAAGAGAAGAGAAAGAGGGUCCUGCCCUGGACGAAGUCAAAGAAGGCACUCAGAUAGACACAGAGUCAUCUGACUCUGAGAGGAUGUCUACCUUCAAGCCAUUGAAUAUCCUUGAAGAUGCGACAUCGAAGAAGGAUCUAGAAGAAGAGCACACAAGAGAACUACAAUUUGAACAAGCUUUCAAACUUUUUCAACAGGCUUUAAAACUACAGAAGCAGCGUGACUAUAACCAGGCUUAUGAACUUUACGAUCAAAUUUUUCAAAUAGACAUAAUAUCCAACCACUAUUAUGAAGAAGUGGAUUACGUUAGAGGGGUUCAAAAUGGUCUCGUCAGUGAUGUUUCAGACGUGUUAUCCACUUUAUCUCCAAAUUUAAAGUCGUUGAGGUACUUGAUCUUCAGGAACAGGGGAUUCUUAUUUAUGGACAUCUUGAAGCAAGAGUCUCUUAUUGACCAAUUGAACGGUGACAAUGAAAACCGGGAAGAGAAGUUUAAAAAGAUGUUCUAUUCAAUGUUGGACGAUUUCUGUAUCGCAUUGUAUUACAAUGAAGCGGAUGAAAAGUUGUUGGAUGUUUUGCAUGGGUUGUGGAUAUACUUGAAUGAGUUGAAAUUAGCCAAGUCGACCAUGGAAUAUGCAGUGAGCAGCAAAAGCGAGAGCGACGAUAUUUCUGGCCUAUUGCCAAUAGAGAAAAGCGAUGAGGCGAGGUUACAGAAUAUCAAUGCUAAACUUGCUGCUGGAAUGUCAAGCGAUUUGAUAUCAGAGGCACUUUGCUCCAGAUUCAAAUUUCUAGAACCAAUGAAACGAGACAUCGCUGCCCAGCAAUUACGACAACUGAAAAAGAACAAAUUGAAUGUCAGGCUCACAUCCAAAAAUGACUCGCUUAUGUGGGAAGACGUAAUGGACGCGCUCAACGAUGCUGUGAGGAAUCUUCAAGAUGAAUCAAAAGUUGAAGACGUAAAUCGUCCUAAACUUCGAUUUACAGAGCCAUAUAUCCUAACUGAGGAGCCUCUUGAAAUCGUUUCAUUUGAGACACAUGUUGAAGAAACAGCAGAAACUGUGAAAGAAGUAGAGCCUUCAGGAGAUAAUGAGACAAGUGACUCCACCGAGAACAAACCAGUGGGAGCAGAUAACACCACAGAAGCAGAGGACAAAAGUGACGAACAACAGCAGACAGAGUCUCAAGAAAACAAGCAACAGAACCAUAGAGCAUCGAAGCGUUUAGCUCGAGCCGAAUCAGUUUCCGACAAGCCGGAAGUAGUGGUAGCAAAAGAACAUUUCACGGGCAUGGAGUACUUCCUCAGCCAGCUAAAUUCGUUUGCUUCAUCUUUGAACGUUAAUGAUGUAAUUGGGGUCUACUUAGAGAAUGCUCAAUCGCCUCGGUAUUUGAAAGAUUUUGUUACUAUCAUCAACAACUGGAAACCAAAUUUCACCGCUGCUUUCAGUUCGUUCAACUCGGUAAAGUCGAAUGGAGCAGACGCUAAUGCAAAAUUGCUUGAAAUGUUAAACAAGUUCAGCGGUAACAUUCAGGGCGAUCCAUCGCUGGAGUAUGUGUCUAGUAUUCCUAGCUUGGAUAGCGAAGUUUUAACGCAGCUUACUGAAAGGCAACCGGAUUACCUAACACUAAAAGCCGAUGUAAUUAAGUUCUUGCUUGGUUCCCAUCAAAACCCAAUAAUUUUAGAAUUCAGAUGGGGCCAAUCAAUGGUUUCAAAAUUCGUUGAGUGGAUAAUACAAUUCGAGCAUUACCUCUUCAGCAGCAUUGGCGAACUGCUUGAGGAUGCGCGGACAGCUGUGGGAGUGUUGGAAAUAUUAGUUGAUCAAUCCAUCAGCUUAGAGUCUCAGAUCAGGCGCUCAAUCAACUCCAAACGAUUCAACAAGGCUGUUACAAACGGGUUAUGCUCUGAAUUGCUCAAAUAUAACGACAAAAUCACCAAAUGGCUGCUGAUUACGAAUGCUGCGAUACUGUCACUCGAUGGAUCCGAGCACGACAAAGUUUUUCUCCGUGCCAGAUUAAAAUGGUGCAAUAUCUUGAAACAGAAGUCACAAACUGCCGCGGGGGAAACAAACAAAGUGAACAAAGCAUCCCUCGAGGAUCUCCUUCAUUUCUUGACUGCAUUUGGUAGUGCAGUUAGGGUGCUGUACCCAAAUUACAAAAAUUUUCCCGAUUUGAAUCUUGAUGCUGUCAAAUCUCAGCUAACAAUUAUCUCAGUACUCGCUGUUUUUUGGAGAAUUUUGUUUUCAAACAAAACGGGAGGUAACUCGGAAGCGGUUAUGUUGUUGGAGGACAUAUUACUUGACCUGGAAAGAAAAACAAACGAAGUAAUUCAAAGCAUCAAAAGUUUCAUGAGUAACGGUAAUGUUGACAUGAAGUUGAGUUUGUGGAGCAUCUUGCUCCAAUUUUACAAACUGCUGAAAACAACAUCAAAGCUUAUGCUUGGAUUUGAGAAAAGUUUAAAAGAGUUCAACAACUAUCUAACCAGUGACGAGUAUACAAAGCUUCCUGACUCUGUUAGGUUAACUACACUAUGCAAAGUCAUGGGAUUUUACAACAAUAACUUAGGCUAUGUUGUUCAACUGUUGGAAUAUCUGGGUUGGCGACUUUGCGAGUCUAUGGAGCCAAGUCCACUCGUCUCGUUACUUGAAUUGUGCUUGCUUUUUGAAGUACACGAAGAAGCAUGUAGCAUCACAUCAUUAAGAACGUCGAUAAAAGAAAGCUCUCCGCAAUCAUAUGAGUCACUUAAGGACAUGCUUUUGAAAACCGUCGUUGCUAUUAUGGCAAUUAUGGAAAGGGACUACCCACAGGCAACCUUACACAAUGCGAUAAAACUAUUGCAUGCUCAACUUGGAGCGAGCGGAAUUUGCGAUGCCGGCGAUGGUAUAUUUUUAAAAGCUUCGCAAGAGUACCUUUGCAAGUUAGAGGACUCAGAAAAGGACAUAAGCCAAUUGAUAAAAUGUAAGUACAACUACAAUAUAGGAAUCGAGGGGUUUGUACCUCUUGAUCAUGGAACUCAAGUGAAGGAAGAGUUGACAGAGGAGGAUUGCGAAGAGUUGGUAAAGUUUGUUUUGCCAUUGUGCUUUCGCGAGAAUACGAUCAAAAAUGUUCCUAAACAUGACAUGAAAGUGAUCAUUGAGGAGAUGCAUGAAGUCAUAGGUGAUCCUGAUUAUGAGUCCGAUGAUACUUUAAGUCGAAACAAAGCCGUGAUUGAAGAUUUUUUGGAUACGACACUGAUCACUCCAAAAUUUGUACGUGAUACAUUCCAUGGAUUGAUGACGUUGGAGCAUGGAGACGCUAAAUCUAAGCUUGGGUCCAGUGGACUAUACUACCUUCAGGGAUUGUUGAUAUUCUCCUCGUAUAAGUUACGUAAAAAGAAUAUGCAAGGACGAGCAGUGGAAAUUGAAAAUGCCAUCACGCUUUUUAAAAAUGACUUGAUUUGUGGAGGAAACCGCAUGGAGAGUUGGUUUUUGAUGGGUCAAGCUUACGGAUAUUUAGUGGAGGAUGAUUUGAUCUGGACAUCAGACAAGUUGACUGUUAUUGAUCGGAAAAUUGGAACUGCAAAUUUGCAAAGGAAAGCACUUAUUUGCUACCUAAUGGCAAUCAACUGUACUCUCGAUAAACUGGCUAGGGACCGCAUCAAACCGAUUGUAGGUAGUUUGAUGUCAUUAUUCGCCAGGGAACUUUUUGGUGCCGUGUCAGCGCCAAUGGACAUGCUUGCGUUGCAAGUUCAAUCAAAACCACAGUUUGUCCAAAAACCUACAGGAGCAAUCUUUUCUAAUGUUGCCGAAAAACCUUCCUUGUCGAUGCAAUUUUGUUUGAGGUUGAUCAAGCAGUCACUUCAUUUGGCAAUAAGGACUGCGGAUGCCGAGUGGACUGACUUUUACUACUUAUCUAAAUCUCAACGCAAAUUGGGGGAUUCAGCAAUUCAUGUAUUGGAUACAAUGGCUCAUUCCUGUGCAAUGGUGUCGAAAACGAGACAGUCUGAGUGUAUCCUUGAACCGUACUAUUCGUUGGUAGUGCUAUGCAUGAAGUAUGUCAAGUCUGACAAUAUCAGCCCAGUGCAAGGACUUGAGUAUUUGAGAAAAGUGCCUUUGUUGCAGCAUGAUGUUUCAGAGGUUCAAACAAAAAAACAGUUUUACGAUGUAAUAUUGUCUUCAUUGAAACAAAUUGACGCUGCUGAUAAAAAGAACUGGCAGCACAGAGCCAAAUACAGACUUGCGAGAAUUCUUUAUGAUGAAUAUGACGAUGUCGAAGAGGCAAGUAAGAUAAUGUCCAGCUUCAUUUCAUUAAAGUCUCCUAAUAAACAGUUGGUGCUGAUUUGGAAGCCGGAAGCAGAGCGACCAGGGAAACAUUUCUUGUACACCUACCAAUACAUUCGAUUCUAUAUCGAUUUGUUACGGCAAAAGAAAGACCUAAACAGUUUGAUAAUUAUGAUACCCAAGCUUCGUCGUUCAAGCUCCAUCAUGGUCAAUUUAUACAGUGCCUGGGAGUUUCUUUGCUCCACAAUUUGCAAAAUGAUGAGGGGUGCUCUUGGUGUGGGUGAGUCUUUCCUGUACACUGAUCAUUUUAUUAACAACUUGUCUUAUCUGGUAUUUUCAGCAAAUGUGAAAUCCAUGUUUGAGUCCUUGGAGCACAAGGGAAUUCCUUCUGAUUUGGUGCCAGAUUUGUGCUUUUUGCAUGGUGCUAAUGACAUGAGGAAGUCGAAUAAUGGAUAUGGGCCCACAUCGAUGAUUGAUGACACGUUGGUGACGAUUUUUUUCAAAAUGUACACUUACUUUAACCCUAAUACCGAUUUUUUUUCUACAUUUACUUCCCCUGGGGUGAAAAAGAAGAUUGCUAAAAAGGACAUUUUCCCGUUGACAGUUGAUUUGUUGAAGUUGUGCAAAAAGGAGAUUGACACGAAGUUAGGGGAAGCAAACGGAGGCUACAAUUAUGCCUUGAAUGAGUUACUGACUCAAAAACAAGAGAAAUUGAAGAAAGAAGCUAUAGUAUUGGACAGCUCUGAAGAACCGGAAGCCAAAUUGGAACAACACGGACAAAACUCGGCAGCCCCAAUUCUGGAGAGUCACCAACCAGUUACUCCAAGCAAAUUAGGAGAACACGCGGCAAACACAACUGCUAAUGUUUCGCAAACGACUCAAGCCAAUCAAUCUGAUGUACUGUCAUUUGACGACAGUAUGCAGCGUUAUUUGGUGGAGACGGGCACCCUCCAUCAAAACGGCAUUAAGGUUCACCCACAUGACAACGAUCCUCAAGCAAAUGCAAAAGGGAGUGAGGAUGUCAAGCCGGAAGUGAAUGAAGGCAGCAAGAGAGCACGCAUAUCGGGAUUUAACCCGUUGAAUCGGGACGUGAUAAACAUAGAUUCUGACGAAGACCCACGGACAGAGGAAAGACCAGCAAAGAGAAGCAAAUAA